ACCGCUCCUCGGAAAGUCCGCGCUUCUCACGUUCUGUGUGGAAAUAUCCAGUUUCCUCCGCCAGUUAAUUAAGCCCAUGAAUAAACCAUUAUCUGGGGGUUCUGUCUGGCGGGGCAGCACCGGCCCAGCUGCUGCGGCUUUAAAUACCAGCCGGAGAAGCUCGGGAACCAAACCGAACCUGAACCUCACCGACACCAUCAUGAUGAUGCCCGCUCUGCUCCUGCUGCUCGCCUUCAGCUCCGUCGCCUGCUUCCAGAUGCCGCCGGAGGAGGCUGCUCCCCGCCGGGCCCGGUUCUCUGCGAACAGCCCCGGUGACGUCGCCAGGUGUCUGAACGGCGCCGUGGCCGUGGGCUGCGAGUUCUUCUCCUGUCUGGAGAACUCCACCUGCGACACUGACGGCAUGCACGAGAUCUGCGAGCUCUUCCUGCACUCAGCUGCCACCUUCAACACAGAGGGGAAGACCUUCGUCAAGAAGAGUCUGCACUGCAUCUCCCAGAGCAUCUCCGAAAAGGUGGCCCACACCAUCCGCCGCUGUAACAUCUUCCAGAGGAUGAUUGCUGAGGUGCAAGAGGAGUGUUACACCAAAUUUGAUAUCUGCACCGUUGCUCGUACCAACCCUGACGCCAUCGGAGAAGUGGUGCAGGUGCCGACCCAUUUCCCCAACAGAUACUACACCACGAUGCUGCAGACCCUGCAGGCCUGCGAUAAGGACACCGUUGCCGUGGUGAGGGACGGCCUGGUCGCCAGGCUAGGCCCUGACAUGGAGACUUUCCUCCAGCUCGUCCAGAACCAGCCCUGCGCCACCGACUCCGAUGCCGCCGCCUACAGCGACCCGUCCAGCUGGAGAAACAUGCCGGUGCUGAACAUCCAGCCCGGCUUCAGAGGCCGAGAUCCGACCCACCUGUUUGCCAGGAGGUCUCUGGACGACAGUGACGCUGACAAAUAGAGGUCCCUACGCCGACGCACUAGCACGAUCCCUUCUCUCUGAUUUCCCUUUGCAGUCACAACAUCUAUAUCUGGAGCGAUUAUUACAUGUGUUAAUAUUGUUGUUAGUAUUUAGGGGGGCUGCUGCGUCCAUCAACCAACUACCUGAUGUUACACACAAGCUUAGCUGAGCAAACUGUGUUACAGACAUUUGAGAACACCCUAACUUAUAACUAUUUAUUGUCUUGAACCAGUUAAUGCUGAUAUUUAAAGUACUGGGAGGCGUCACUGGCGGCUUCAUGCAGGUCGUGGAGCUGAGAUGUGACUGGAACCUGAAUGCAACACUGUGUUAGGAAUAAACCCAAUUAUAUGACUCA